UAGCCUGGCCCAGCCUGGCCCCAGCUGUUAAUAAUUCUGUUGUGUUUGUGUGACUGGAAGCAAUGGCAGCACGAGGUGUCUUAUGCGGCAUAAUUUCCCGUCUGGUUUCCACUCGCAUUACCCAGAGAUCGCUCGUAGGUGUGCCUAUUAAGAGUUUUCACACGUCCUUUAUUCGACCAUGUGAGGCUGAUGAUCGAGGAAAGCCGCGAGCUGAGGAACGUGACCCAACUAAAGUCAGAGACCAGGUGAUACCCGUAGAGACCAGCAUCGCCUAUCUUGAAAGCGAAGCGUAUCAAAUAACUUACGGCGACAACCCAGUGUGGAAAGAGUACAGGAGAAACUUCAAAGGCCAUUAUCCACCAAACAAGACCAGGAAGACUUGCAUAAGACAAAACCUUAUUGCCACUGGAAAUCCUUGCCCGAUCUGCAGAGACGAGUAUUUAGUCGUGGACUACAGAAACCUCAAACUUCUUAAGCAGUUUAUCUCUCCAUAUACAGGGGCUGUUAUUGACUUCAAGAAAACGGGACUCUGCCAGAAGAGACAUAAAGAAUUGCUCAUUGCAAUUGAAAGGGCCAGAGAUUGUGGAUUGCUAACUUACGACGUUCCACAGCGAGUUUACAAUUACUCUGACUACUUAAAUAUUAAACAAUGAGAAUUUAGUGGA